GACCACGUUGGGCUUCUAUCUUGCCCUGAACCAUUUACUUACUACGAUUACCAAAACAGGACGCGGCCACGUUGUCUACUUUCGGCGAGGUCGUGGCAUUCCAAGUCUAGAGUAAACUCCUAGUAACCUCCCUCCGGCAUCUGGAAUCCAUCUUCAUCUUUCAGUCUUCUUUCUACUUAUUGCAGAUUGUAUCUGUAAUGUUUGCUGACGAACUGAAAACCCUGAGGAGGCUGGGUUUCCGCCAUAUUCUCCUCCAAAUCCUCAAUUUCGCUUCGGUAUUGGCCUCUGGUUUGACGAUAUGGAAGGGAUUGGGACUCAUUACGAACUCAGAAUCUCCUAUAGUUGUCGUGCUGAGUGGAUCAAUGGAACCAGCGUUCUAUCGUGGUGACCUGCUAUUCUUGACCAAUCCUGCCAAUGAGAAGUAUCAUACAGGCGAUAUUACAGUAUACAAAGUUCCUGGCGCAGACAUUCCCAUCGUCCACCGGGUGCUUGAAACGCACGAUGGGGCCAAGAUUGCCCGGGGGAGGUCUAUUGUCGCUAGCUCGAACUCCCAAGAUCAAUUACUGUUGACGAAAGGCGACAAUAACUACAUCGACGACAUUGAGCUUUAUCAGGGUCUUGAAUGGUUACAGAGACGUCAUAUAAUCGGGAAAGUAAGGGGUUUCUUGCCUUAUGUUGGAUACGUCACGAUCGCCAUGAACGAUUUCCCUCAGCUGAAAUACGCACUACUAGGAGGGUUGGGCUUGUUGGCUCUCAUUCAACGCGAGUGAUAAUGUGUUCCCCGCUUGCCUGUACAAUACCCUGUUGUCUAUUGACUUUGCUAUGUU